AUGGAGAAUUUUAAGACGCCGCAGACGGGUUUUUCCGAGUGGACGGCUGGGAGGGUGGCGACAAGUUCCCAACCAAAGUUUACCACACAGGGUAGCGAGCCACCCCUUUACACAUCGAAGGUCGAUCUCACCCCACCCGGCAAGUUUGAGCGUUUUUUGUCACUCUCCUGUGGCAGAGGAUGGUCCGCAUGUAAAGGAUACCUUUUCAACCAGGCUGUCGCUCCUUUGCGCAGAGAUAAACCGCCGCUGAGUUGCAGACAUCAUAGAUCUAGUGCGACCCUGAUUAGAGGUCGAAUGAUGUCAUAUUAUACCAUAGAAAUGCGCAGAAAUGUCAACGUCAAUGGUUUCGUUUCGAGCCAAUCGAAAGGAGAACGCCUAGAUAAGCGGGCGAGCGAGAACGCUGCGGCGUGCAUGAAGCAUGUUCGCGAGAGAUGGAUAAGUGAAAAGACGUGUUGGGAUUCUAGCAACGAAUUGUGUUGGCAAAACACGCGUUUGCCGGGAGGAUUGGUAUGGCUAUUUAGCGAUAAAAGCACGAUGUCGUCCAACCGUCACCUCAAAAGGGCUGGUGCAAUGCCCACCCCUGAAUCGACCGCCCAGUCCAAGGACAGGUAUCUCAUCCAUGCGGUCGCUGUCGCUAUUGGAAUCACGUCAGAGCAAGCCGUGCAGUUGCUCUACUGGCAACCAGACCUCAUCAUGAAGAUGAACACGGGUCUGUUGCCGCCUAAACAUGUAGAAGUGGCCCAUCCGCUGCGCAGUUAUGGUUCCAAGAUCCCAACCCCCAACUCCUCGAGUUUCUACGGACACCUCACCCUGCCUCAUCAGCAUGAGGCCUCAAGCAGAUUACACUUAGGACAUUCCUUCUACUCUCUUCUUUACACCCCUCUCAAUGAGACCAUUGUGGAGCCUACUAGUUUUGCAGCGAAAGCAACUGUGGUUUCCAUUGCUGUCCUCCUGGCCACCUCCAGCGACUGGAUAAAUGCCAGCGCAUUGAAGGAUCUGUUGCGAAUUGUGCAGUUCUCUAUCUUCCCUUUGAUCGGAACAUCCAAACUCUUCGUGAACAACAGCCCCUGGACCUCCUGUGGACCGAAGCGCCGUGCAAGUUGGGAUGAGCGACAACUAUCGCAGACAAGGUGGUCGUGCACAAUCACAAUCCAGGGCGCGCGCAUUUCUCAUAUUGCUGCCUACUUAAGGCCGCACCGGUCAGAAUCCAUAACUGACACCGAACUCGACAAUUGUAGGCAGAGCACGGCGACUUCGCACCAGCAUACUUCCAGUAGAAGCUCCAAUUUCUCCACUGCAACCUCUGCAGAGUGGGCGCAAGCUGUGAGAGGCUUAAGAUCACCUCCACCACAUCAGCAAACGACGGUGGCAGCUCCCAACCCGAUGCCUUUUUCUCAGAAUCCUCGAGAUAUGGCGAUUUACCAGAGUCUACAAGGAACUUGGCCCGCUUCUUCGACCGCGAACCAUGCUGUAGGGUCACCUUACUCUGCAGCGAACUCUCUUAGGAGUGUGGGAGAUGUCCCACCCAUGAGUCCUAGUGGAACAAGCGUUCAUAAUUCAACCCGUGCAACUAGUCCUGGUACCUCGGGAGCCCACACAAGUUACUCGGCAGUUCCUAUCUCCUGGACGGGCACAUCAGGGAGGCCGGGCACAAGUGGAAACGCCUCCAUCAUUACCAAUGCGAGCAGCGGAAGACAAAGCAUGGAAGAUAAUGCUGCGGGCUUGGCGAGAGUAAACGAACGGUUCGAACAGCGCUUCAUGUAUAUUUAUAAUGCUGUGGCCGGCGGCGUAGCCGUACAAUUCAUUCUAACGGUGGAGGCAGCUCCCAUGACCUCCGAUGACAGCGUAAUCACCUUGACGUUCAAAGCCGGUGGCAUAGAACGCAGCUUAUGUGGACGAGAAUACAUGCGAUUAACAGUCGACCCACGGACCUUGAAUUUCCACGUCUUCUCUGACGCGGUCUGGGGUAUCUCGAUGGAGUACCAGGCAGGUGGAGUUGCAAGGCUCGUCUUUGAGCAAUCCUAUAGCACUGUACCCAUCGACUCGUCAAUACCAUAUUCCAACCACAGACUACGUGUUUGGAUACGCGGGCAUGAUGGAGCAUAUCAAAGAUUGUUCAAGAGCGACGAAUUCCGAAUAGGUUCGCAAUUAGCAUUUGAGCCUCUGAUUCGGGGACCAGGAAAUGUCGUAUUUGCCACUCGAGAUCCAGCUAGUCCGGCUGUUGCCCUCCACACCAGUCUCCUGAUUAGUGAGCCCAAAGAACAAGAACGUCCUGGACUCAGUCGAUCCAUGUCGAUCGCUGAAUCCAGAGCCGAAGCAGAAUACGAGGAAAGACGUAUGGGAUUCAAUGUGGGUAUUGGCGAUGGUGCUGCAACCGGAAGUGGCAGUAAUCUACCUCUGUCCGGGGAUGAACCACUACCGCCAAGUUAUAAUGCCACGUUGGGUGUAGGAAUGUGA